CCACCCUUUCCCUCCUCUCGCCAGCUUUGCGGGAAAAGAGAGACAAACCCCGCCUCCUCUCCGCCUCUCUCCCGAGUCCCGACCUGCUCUUUCGCCCCCCGCCCCACUUCCUGCCAAAACCCUAACCCCUCGACCUCCAAGAUGGCGUCGCCGCCGCCGCCGCCGCCUCCCGCCGCAGCCUCUGCCCCACCCGCCGCGGCGUCCGGAUCGCCGCCGCCGGCGCAAGUGGUGGGCAACGCCUUCGUGCAUCAGUACUACAACAUCCUGCACCAGUCGCCGGAGCUCGUCUACCGCUUCUACCAGGAGGCCAGCCGCCUCGGGCGCCCCGCCGGCACCGGCGCCGACGGCAUGGACACGGUCACCACCAUGGACGCGAUUAACGAGAAGAUCGUCUCAAUGGGCAUCGACCGGGCGGAGAUCAAGGCGGUGGACGCACAGGAAUCUCUCUGUGGCGGCGUCACUGUGCUCGUCAUGGGCCACCUUACGGGGAGGAACGGCGUCAGCCGCGAGUUCGUGCAGUCCUUCUUCCUUGCGCCGCAGGAGAAGGGCUACUUCGUUCUCAACGACAUACUGCGCUACGUUGGGGAGGGGGUAGGGGACGAGGGGACCAAGCAGCAGCCGGCACCGGAGGUUGCUGCGGAUGUGGAGACCGCCACCCCUGCUCCUAUCCUGGCCAACGGCACUGUCGGAGGGGACACAGGGACCGUGCCUCAGAAUGCUUCGCCGCAGCCCGAGUGCCAGGUAGCUGAGCCUGCACUUAAUCAAAAGGAGGAAGUUGUGAACGGGGAGGAGGUUUGUAACCCGACAAAUGAUGUGGAGAAGCCUGUUGUUGAGGAAACACUGGUUCCUGAGGACAUAAAUGAAGUGCCAAAUAAUGUAGCAGUGGCUCCAAUUUCAUCUCCCCCUGUACCACUGGAGGAGGCACCAAAGAAGUCAUAUGCAUCAAUUGUAAAAGUGAUGAAAGAAUAUCGACCACCAGGAUCUGCAGUUCCUUCCAGGCCUGCACCCCUGAAAACAGAGAAGCAAGCGUCUCCUGCCCCCGCUCAGGUUGCUGAUGCUCUAGCUUUCACCUCUAAUCCUCAGAGUGGCAGCUUUCAAGAUCCAGAAGUUGAUGCACAUGCCAUAUAUGUGCGAAGUCUGCCAUUAAAUGCCACACCACAACAAUUAGAGGAAGAGUUCAAGAGAUUUGGCGCCAUUAAACAUGAAGGCAUCCAAGUUAGAAGCAAUAAGAUCCAAGGGUUUUGUUAUGGCUUUGUAGAAUUUGAGGAUGCCAGUGCAGUUCAAACUGCAAUAGAGGCUUCUCCUGUUACUAUUGGUGAACGGCAAUGUUAUGUUGAAGAAAAAAGAACUACCGGUUCUCGUGGUGGUAGCAGGGGAGGAAGGUUUUCACCGGGUAGAGGUGGCAACUUUCGAGGUGAAGGCAUUAGAGGCCGUGGUACAUACAAUGGAGGUAGAGGGUAUGGAAGGGGUGAGUUCAGUUAUCGAUCUGAUUAUGGAGGCCGAGGUGGUGGCAGGGGUGGCUCAUCACGUGGUGAUGUCAGCUACCAGCGGGUUGACCACUCUGGUACAGCCAGUGGUCGUGGUGCCCGGGCACCAUCGGCUGCCACUGCUGUUGCAAAGUGAGUUCUUGGUAGCUAUGAGUUGGUAAUAGUUGAGUUUUAUGGCCACCAUCAUGGUUGACCAAAAGAGUGGUGGGUUUGGGGGAUUCGGGUUCAUGUGAGGAUUAUCAAGAAAAGUCAGGUCAUAAAUUGAUGCUUCCUUGUUUUGUGGCAAGGCAAAGCAGUGGUGAUAUCGGUUGCUAAUUGUAGAAUAUACGUCUUGAGAUGUCCUAGUAUGUCUGGCUUCGGCGAGCAUCUGAUUUGUGGUUUUCCCUUUGUUACUCAUUGCCAAAUUAUAGAGGUUGAUUUGAGGUGCCAGGAAUUUAUAGUAUUUUAUUUUAUUGGCUGUCGUGGAAUAAGUUAUGGUCUAGUGCUGCUAA